AUGACGCCAAAACCUAUUGAUGAAACUCAUAUCUUUGAAGAGUACGAAAGCUUCCUUCAUGAUAUAAGAGAAAAGUUGAACCACCAAGAAAAUGGAACCCAAGAGAGUGGAUCGACUUCGAAUUCAGCAGGAAUCGAAAAGGAUAUAGGUGCAUCUGAGCCGCCGCCAACAGAAGAUUCAUUUCUCCAUGGAUCGACUUCGAAUUCAGCAGGAAUCGAAAAGGAUAUAGGUGCAUCUGAGCCGCCGCCAACAGAAGAUUCAUUUCUCCAAGAGUGGAUCGACUCGAAUUCAGCAGGAAUCGAAAAGGAUAUAGGUGCAUCUGAGCCGCCGCCAACAGAAGAUUCAUUUCUCCGGAGAAUAACACGAAAUGUCACGAUCAUCGGUAAGCAAGAAAGUUCGUCGAGAUGGCUUGAAGCGAGUUUCAUACGAAAUCGCAAGGAUUUGCAUCAAGGAUUGUAUGUCGUACGCCGAAUAUUAAAGAAAAAGGCAGUGGGAGUCCUGUUAGAAUCCAUCAAAUUAAUAUAUGGGUUCGAACACGAAAUCAUGUUGAUACACAUCAAAUGA